AUGGACGCCGCACCUCUUUCCGAUACCGAGUCUACUUUUUCCCCGGCUGUUGUUGAUUCUGCUGUUGCGUCAUCAUCCCCCCAGCCGACUUACACUACUGCGGGAACCAUCUACAAGCCAAGUUCGUCCCAGCCACUUCAGCCGCCUACUCGUCGCGGACGCUUGCCCAAGUGGUCUGAUGGUGGUAUUCAUUCCAAACUUGCCCUCUUCCCCAAAUCAUCCUUGCCAGGGAUGUCGAUGAAGGCUCUUGGAGGCCGUCCGAACUCGGCACUCCAGCAGUACACGCCUUUGCAACAGAACAACCAUCGCGCCGUCAGUCCCUUCAGUGAGCCCGACCAUCUUGUUGCUAAGAUGCCGAUAGAAACACCUCGGAUACGUCUAGGGAACACUCCAAAGGCCCUCUCUGCCCCCACAAUGUCUGAAAAUUGCAGCCAGGAGAAGGCGGCGGCGACAGAAGAUGGCGAGCAUUGUUCCCUCGAUGGGAGUGAUGACGAUAGUGAGGAUAGCGAUGCCAAGAUAACUUUGCUCAUGAAUAUGCCUGUCAAGUCACUUUAUAAUCUGGCUUCUUACCAAAAUCCGAGCCAGAAGUAUGCUCAGAGGGCGCUUCAGCGAGGAACGAAGUCGAGGCCACUUACGCUAGGCUCAUCUUCUAUGGGAAGUACCACAUCGACCAGCCCUCCAACAUUGUCAGCAUUCAAUCCUCCCUCUAGUUCAAAUGAGAUCGGAGGCCCCUCAAACCUGGGCCAUCAAGGACCGACAGAUAUCUUUGGCUUUAGACGGGUUGAACUUGAUGCUGCUUCCAGGGUUGACGAUAUAUGGGAUGCAAGAAUUGGCACGCCGACACCAGCCUUUCCUAACCCUCCCAGGAUCAACUUUACGGUUAGCGAGGUCCCGAAUUCUGUUGGAAAUUCUUCCCCUGCAAAUGGUACACUGUUACCCCUAACUGCUGGGCCACCAGGGCAGCGACAGUAUCGCCCCGUGGCUGUUGAGUCAACAUUCAGACCAUUUGCAAGCGCAGGACCCUCUUCGCUACCUACAUCUAACCCAGCGGACGAGGAUACGCUACAAAUUGCAAAUCGGGUUCUGUUAGAAGCCGGUAUUGAGGAUGUCUCCCUCGAUUCGCUCGGAUCUCUAUUUGCAGAGAAUUUGAACAGCACUCCCUCCUCCUAUCCAACCUGGGACGGUGGUGCCGGGGAUACGGAACCUCAAGGACCCAUCCUACCAACGGGACCCGUCUAUGAGGAUGAGAUGCAGGAUCAAUUUCGUGACAUUACAGGUCCUAUGGAGCGCAUGAAGGUCUGGGACCCGAAUGAAAGACUCAUCCAGACAAGGAGUUGGCGGGACCCUUCUCCGGAAGUUCGAGCUCUUUACAAGCCUGGCACCGAUAGACUAACCGAAGAGGCGUUGGCGGCUCGGAAUAACAAGGUUGAAAAGUGGUGGUUCUCGGGAGUCGAUAAUAUACACAAUAGAACCAGACCAAAGAAUAGACCAGAGAGGAUACCUCUUCCCCAAAGCUUGCCUCGGGCGGAUCAGGAUUUCGGGGUUAUAGGAGACAGAAGGCUAAGGACGCCGAUGAGACUUUCGGAGAAGGCUUCAGUAGAGGAUGCUUCAGUUGAAGAGACGACUGAGAGGAAGACUGCGCAGACGACUGAAAAGACCACUCAAGAGACCACUCGAGAGUUCAUCACGGAAGAGAUGACAGAAGAGACUCAUGGGACUACUCAGGAGACGACGGAAAUUACCACGUCAGAGAAUGACAGGGUCACCGUUGGAGAGGCACAGCGAAGCCAAGGUGGAGAGGGCCCAACAACAGAUUCUAUGAUACACUGA